GAAGAACAGUCAGUGGUCUUAACCGCUGAGCCAUCUCUUCAGCCCGAGACCAAGUUUUUAGAGACCUUGCUAGGUUGUCCAGGCAGGCCUGGAACCCCUGGGCUCAAAUGAUCUUCCUGCCUUAUCCUUCCAAGGCACUGAGACUGCAGUUUUACCAUGCUUGGGUUAAGAUUUAGGACCACAGGUGUCAUGCAUCCUUUACAAUGUGUCCUCCAAGCACAGAGGUCUCUAAAAUGGGGGCCACUGAGCUCUGUGUCCUGGCUGCUGCUCAGGACCUGCAGGGCACAUAGCAGUGUCCCCAGCUCUUCAUGUCUUAGUUCAGAGGGGCAGAGCUCAGAAGGUGUUGAGAAGGAUUUCAGCUCCAGGCUAGCCGCCGGACCAACUUUUCAGCAUUUUUUAAGAAGUGCUUCGGUUCUUCAAGAGAAACCAUCUUUUCCAGAAGUGGAGGACCCACCCCCGUAUCUCACAGGGGAUGAACUUCUAGGAAGGCAGAGAAAAGUCUACCUCGAGACCUAUGGCUGCCAGAUGAACGUGAAUGACACAGAGAUAGCCUGGUCCAUUUUACAGAAGAGCGGAUUCCUGCGGACCAGCAACCUCCAAGAGGCUGAUGUGAUCCUUCUUGUCACGUGCUCUAUCAGAGAGAAGGCUGAGCAGACCAUCUGGAACCGUUUACAUCAGCUGAAGGCCCUGAAGACAAAACGAUCACGUUCCCGGGUACCUCUGAGGAUUGGGAUUCUAGGCUGCAUGGCUGAGAGACUGAAGGGAGAGAUCCUCAACAGGGAGAAAACAGUCGAUCUCUUGGCUGGACCGGAUGCCUAUCGAGACCUUCCCCGGCUGCUGGCUGUUGUGGAGUCAGGUCAGCAGGCAGCAAACGUGCUUCUCUCUCUGGAUGAGACCUAUGCAGAUAUCAUGCCAGUCCAAACAAGCCCCAGUGCCACUUCUGCCUUUGUGUCGAUCAUGCGGGGCUGUGACAACAUGUGCAGUUACUGCAUUGUUCCUUUCACUCGUGGCCGGGAGAGGAGUCGGCCGGUUGCCUCCAUUCUAGAUGAAGUGAGGAAGCUCUCUGAGCAGGGGCUAAAAGAAGUGACACUUCUUGGUCAGAAUGUUAAUAGUUUUCGGGACAAUUCAGAGAUCCAGUUCAAUAAUGCAGUGCCUACCAACCUCAGUCGUGGCUUCACUACCAACUAUAAAACCAAACAAGGGGGGCUUCGCUUUUCCCAUCUUCUGGAUCAGGUUUCAAGAAUAGACCCUGAAAUGAGGAUCCGUUUCACCUCUCCCCACCCCAAGGAUUUUCCUGAUGAGGUUCUACAGCUGAUUCAUGAGAGACACAACAUCUGCAAGCAGAUCCAUCUGCCAGCCCAGAGUGGAAGCAACCGUGUACUGGAUGCCAUGAGGAGAGGAUAUUCAAGGGAAGCUUAUGUGGCAUUGGUUCAUCAUAUCAGAGAAUGUAUCCCAGGUGUGAGCCUCAGCAGCGACUUCAUCACUGGCUUCUGUGGAGAGACAGAGGAUGAUCACCUGCAGACAGUGUCUUUACUUCGAGAAGUUCAGUAUAAUGCCGGUUUUCUCUUUGCAUACAGCAUGAGGCAGAAGACACGGGCAUAUCAUAGGCUGAAGGACGAUGUUCCAGAAGAAGUCAAAUUAAGGCGUUUGGAGGAACUUAUUACUAUCUUCAGAGAAGAGGCGUCAAGAGCCAACCAGACCUCAGUGGGUUGUACCCAGCUAGUAUUGGUUGAAGGGUUCAGCAAACGUUCUUCCACAGACCUGUGUGGCCGGAAUGAUGCAAACCUUAAGGUGAUCUUCCCUGAUGCAGAGGUGGAGGAUGUCACUAACUCUGGGCUCAAGGUCAGAGCUCAGCCUGGGGACUAUGUGCUGGUGAAGAUCACCUCUGCCAGUUCUCAAACUCUCAAAGGACACAUUCUCUGCAGGACCACUUUGAAAGACUCAUCAAUGCAUUGCUUGACCUGAGUGGAUGGCUUAACAGUGGACUUGGCCAGUUUUUCCUUAUGCUUUGGAGACAAGGCAGUGAUCAUGAAGCACCUUUGUACCAAAUGGAAGAGCACAUUUCUUUGUUGUCACUUGAACAGCUUUUUACAACAAUAAAUUUCAUAAAUUAAUGGCU